AUGCAGGCGUUCAAAGUAGAUCUUCCCAAUGGCUCGACCCUAUCUGGCCACAAUUACGUCCCAAACACCUCGAGUCCUGUCUACACGGCUCUAGACGACAGCAGACGGCCUCUUCUCGUCGCAAUUCAUGGUGGUACUUACAGCUCGAUAUAUUUCGACGCUGAUGAGAAACACUCCGCCGUCCUAUGCAGUGAGGGAGUCGGCGUGCCCGUGGUCGCCAUUGACCGUCCUUUCUAUAAAGAGACAUCUCCAUUUACAAUCCCGGAGGGCAAGACUUACCACGAGGAACUAGCCGUCCAACUGCACAACCACAUCCUCCCCGCCCUGUGGGAAAAGUUCGGCCGCGGCUGCGGGAGCAUGGUCCUCCACUGCCACAGCCUGGCGACUCCCAGCGCCGUAAUACUGUCAGGGUGGCUUGCCCAGGAGCGGGCCCAGGGGAAAUCACCAGCGUACCCGCUGUGCGGGCUGACCCUAUCCGGGUUCGGCGGCAACCAGUACCACCCAAACUAUGUCCCGCAGAGCAGACAAGCCCCGCCUGACCCAGUCCCGGAGUGGAACGACUGGCCCCUGGACGUGAAGGAUGAGCUCAUGAUAGUGAAGGGGACCGUCGACCCAGCCAUCUACAGGCAGACCAGAAGGCUUCACAACAUUACGCCGCGCCGCGAGGUGGGAGACUACGAGCUGAUCUGGAAUGAUGGCAAGUGGCGGGCCCACUGCGGCGCCGUCGAGCUCCCUGUCAUGAUUGGGAUAGCGGAGAAGGAUGCCCUGUGGCUGGGCUCCGAGGAGCAUGUCAAGGAAUUUGCGAGCGGGUUCAGUAAGAGCGAGAGGGUUGAUGCGAGCCUGGUCAAGGGUGCGCCACAUUGCAUCGAGUUAAGCUACUGGGCACAGGGCUGGUAUGCGCGGUACUUUGGUUGGGCCCUGGAGUGUGCUACUGCGUAUGCAGUAAGGGAGGCUGCAGCUCAAAGCGCAUGA